AUGUCUUCAGGAGCUGCUAAGAAGGGGAAGGCUGCCGCUGCGGCACCGGUGUACGUGGCUGCCGGCAAUGGCUACUACAGGCUCCAGGGCGGAGACCAAGACCAAUUGUACUUCCUCGGCAGCGACAACCAGUAUCACCCGGUCCUCCGCGUCCGCGUUGCCGCCGGCGCCGUGAUGCCCCAGGCCGACCGGGAUGCGCUCGUCCAGUACCUCAUGGCGCAUAACAACGUCAUCGUCAACUCCGCGAACCAGGGCGUUCGCAUCACCUCGGUGAUCGUCACCGAGUCCCUGCACAAGUCCAAGAGCACCGACACCAACCUGACGGACCACUACUCGGUCCAGCUGUCCAACUCGACGCUGCAGGCCAACGACGGCAGCUCUCACCUGCUGCACUUCCGGCCCGGCGACGGAAACAACCAGUUCUACUACCGCGACGCCAUGACCCGCACCCAGAUCACGGCGCUUCAGUCCAAGCGCAACGCCAACCGCCACCGCAAGAAGGGCGGCGGCAGCAAGGAUAACAACAACAACAAGAAGCCCCCCCCGUCCGGCGGCGGCGCCAAGAAGAAGGUUGUCGUUCAGAAGUAG